AUGGCAUCCACCUCGCCGGAACCCGCCGCCGCCGGCGAAACGAACGAUCCCAUCCAUAUCCGUCGCCUAGAGCUUUCCGACCACGAGAGGGGCUUCGUUGCCCUUCUCUCCCAGCUCUCCGCCUGCCCGGACCUCACCGCUUCCGAGUUCGCCACGCGCUUCGCCGAGCUCGCGGCGCAGGGCGACGACCACGUCAUCCUCGUGGCCGAGGACCCCUCCGCCUCGGACCGGCGGAUCCUCGCGACAGGGUGCCUCUUCGUGGAGCGUAAGUUCCUUCGAGGCGGCGGCAAGGUGGGGCACGUGGAGGACGUGGUGGUCGAUGCUGCCGCGCGCGGCAGGGGUCUCGGGCUCCGCGUCGUGCGCCGCCUCGUGGAGAUCGCCAGGGACGCCGGCUGCUACAAGGUCAUACUCGACUGCACCCCCGAGCUGCGUGCCUACUACGCCAGGUGCGGAUUCGUGGAGAAGGGUGUUCAGAUGGCCGUCUACUUCUGA